UUUUAAUAUGAGGUAUCUCAAAAAACGCAAAAUUGUUAACAUAAAAUCUAAAAUAAAACCUAAACUAGAGCCAGAGGUCUUGCCUCUUAUGUCUUAUAAUGAAGAAACUGGAGUAAAAAGCUUAUUAACCGUCUCUCACAAUUUAAGAGGAUUUGGAUCCCAAAAAGCAACCCAAAUAGCAGAAUCCUUAAGGCUUUCAGCUUCAUACUAUGGCUUUUAUUCUCUAUCAGCAAAUCAACUUGGCAUAAUGCACAGAAUAUUUACUGUCCACAAACAUCUGAAGAAAGGGCUUUGGUUGUACCCAAUCUCAGACCAAAGCGAUAUUGUUUCAAAGGAAAUUUUUGAGAAAUUAGAUCCUUUGAACAUUGAAAUGGCAAUCGAAAACUAUGAUAUCUAUAUAAACCCAAAAAUAGUAGCGGUCACAGAGACAGAAGAGUAUGGAUGGGAAAGAUGAGGAAGUCUUGAUGGUUUAAAAGCUAGAAUAAAAAGACCUAUUGGCAUUCAACUUGUUUAUCAAGAUGAAACAGGAUCAUUUAAAGAAAAAGAAUUCUUUGACUUUGAAGCAAGAGUGGUCAAUCAUGAAAUCGACCAUUGAGAUGGAAAGAAUAUCAUUCACUGGUCUUUGUCUGAGGGAAAUAUUGAAAUUGAUCAACAUUUAAAAGAGCAAUAUAAAUCCUUAGGAGAAGAAAUUCACAAAUAUCAAGAGAAAAUCCAGCAGCUAAAGAAAGAUGAUCCUGCUGUGUUUAUGAAGGACGAGAGAUUUAAAUCUCAAUAUACAAAAGAUGGAAUAAAGUGGAAUGUAGUAAAGAAUGCUUAUGGAAAUCCUAUUCCUUAUAAAGAGGAGACAUUAAAAUUCAACAUGGAUUUUAAUCUUGAAAUGUUUAAUGCAGCUCAAAAGGAUAAGCGCAGGAUGGACCUCAAGCAGGAGUUUUUCUCAAGUUAA